AUGUUAUCUUCUAAAUGCUUAAAGUCAUCUUCUUUUUUCUACCUGGCGCGUCCAACUGUACAAUGCUUUACGAGACGCUCUAAUUCAACCUCUACACCUCCUGAAGCGCCUCCAAACACACCACCAGACUUUUACUCCACAAAUCUUAAGCGACCACAGCAACAACCACAGGAACACCGUUUUCGGCAUGAAUCUUCCGAGACGCCUUUUACCGAAGAAGGGCGCCGUAAAUUUGCUCGACUGAGAAAGUACCAGUUCCAUUUGUCAAAUAUUCCCGACGCACCCGAGUUUGGCACAAAUCAAUAUCUUACGAUUAAUGAAGAGCUUCAGCAGCAACUCAAAAAAGUUCUAACCCGAUUCAAUGCUCCGAUCCGAUAUGCUGUGGCCUAUGGAAGUGGUGUAUUUAAACACACCGAAGAUGAUGGCAAGAGGAAGAGAGUACUGGACUUUAUCUUUGGUGUAUCUCAUCCUGCUCAUUGGCAUGCAUUGAAUAUCCAGCAGAAUCCACACCACUAUUCAGCUUUACGUUUUUUAGGUGCCAAUUCAGUAGCAAUGAUUCAAGAGAAAGUGGGUGCGGGCGUCUACUUUAAUCCUUACAUAGAGAUCGAUGGCAUGGCUAUAAAAUAUGGGAUUGUUUCGAUUGACACCUUGUGCAGAGAUCUUAUUGACUGGGAUACCCUGUUUCUUUCUGGAAGAAUGCAAAAGCCUGUCAAGAUAUUGAGAGACGAUUCGAGAGUUCGCUUGGCAAAUCAAGUCAAUCUUACUGAGGCAGUGCGCGUAGCUCUAUUGACUUUACCUGAACAGUUUACCGAGGAUGAGUUUUAUAAGAGAGUGGCGGGCAUAAGUUAUGUGGGCGAUCUUGGGAUAUUUAGAACAGCGACCAACCCAUACAAGGUUGCUGGUAUGGUCCAGUCUCAGCACAGCCAAUUUCAUCGUCUCUAUUUCAGUCUACUUGAUGACCUGCCAAAUGUCGAUGUGUUGAGUAAUGGAAACUUGCAGCAAAACUUGAAUCCGAAAUUCCGUGGAUUGAUGGUACAAAAAUUACCAAAGACAUUGUACAAGCACGUAUUAGAUGAACACAAGCGUUAUUGCUCUAGUAAGAGCAUUGCUCUUGCUGAGAGUACGACUGAGCUAAACGAGCAGGUGGCUACAUCCCCUCAUCUUAAGGAAUAUUUUGACAGAAGUCUUUAUUCAAUCAUUGCUCGUCCAGCAAAAAUACAGAAUAUCAAAGGGAUUUUGACUGCUGGAUUAUGGAAUUCUGUUCGAGGUUCACCCUAAGACUUGCUGGGUUGUCUUUUUUUUUCUCACUACUUUUUUUGGUCAAUAAAUUAUUGUUAGUGGCAUUGUCAUUGGCACCCUU